ACAGUCUCUCUUCGAGCGCGCAGACGAGUGGUUGGUUGGUUGUUCCCCAGUGUGAGUCGUGUCGUGUCGUGUGUCGCUUCGUGUGUUUUGUGAGCGAAUAAGUAAGAAACCAGCUGUAACUGUGGCUUUGGCUAGGGGCAAUAUUAUUUACUAGCUCUGGAACAAGUUCUUAAGAUCGCCAAAUCGAAUUAGUUAUUAAAUGUUAGCCAUAGGCGACGGCGCGCAUUUGCGGUUUAUCUAUUGUGCUCGCCCCCGUCGCGCGUCUCUUGUAUUUUUCCUUUCGUAGUUUCGGCGAAAUUCCAAUAAACAUUUCCGCAACUCCUCCGAUUGGCACAAUAAUUUAUUUAUUGAUUUGAUUAAUGCAAAUAAACAAAGGCGGUAUUUGUUUCAUUUCUCGAGUUUUGUUUUUUGGCAAUGUCAGCUGAAAAGAAUUGGAAAGCAUAAAGCGUGCAGCGAAACAUAAAAGCAAAAGCAAACACAAAAUUUUUGGUAACGUGACGCAGCCGUAAGCAAAACAAACGCAAAACACAAAAAACGAAAUAAGGGCUUCUGGAAUACCUAUACAUAUUUGUGUACUUCUGUGUGUGUACCUGUGAGUGUGUGUGCGUCUGCUCAACGUGAUCUUCAACCUCCGCUUUGGCCACUGCUUCGUUACCUGAGUUGCGCGAGUCGCAUUCAGCCGGCAAUUACCCGACAGCCUUACGUUAUUUCCGCAACUCUCACUCUCCCGCUCUCUACGUUCGCUGAGCAAAACAAAAACGCAAAAAAUGGCCAUGCAAAGAGAGGCGGGUGUGCAGGACUUUGUCCUGUUGGACCAAGUCACCAUGGAGAAGUUCAUGGACAACUUGCGCAAACGCUACCACGUUGGCUCCAUCUACACAUACAUCGGCGAGGUGUGCGUCUCGAUGAAUCCCUACAGACAGAUGAACAUCUACGGCCCGGAGACCAUACGCAAGUACAAGGGUCGGGAGCUGUUCGAGAAUGCGCCGCACGUGUUUGCGAUCGCAGACGCCGCAUACAGGGUGCUCAAGCAGCGCCACCAGGACACAUGCAUCCUCAUCUCUGGUGAGUCGGGUGCGGGCAAGACGGAAGCCUCCAAGAUCAUCAUGAAGUAUAUUGCGGCAGUGACGAACGCACAGGGCCAAAAUGAAAUCGAAAGAGUGAAGAACGUGCUGAUCCAGAGCAAUGCGAUAUUGGAGACGUUCGGCAAUGCGAAGACGAAUCGCAACGACAACUCUAGCCGAUUCGGCAAAUACAUGGACAUAGAGUUCGACUACAAGGCCGAUCCGGUGGGCGGCAUCAUAACCAACUAUUUGCUGGAGAAGUCGCGUGUGGUGCAGCAGCAGCCAGGGGAGCGAAACUUCCACAGUUUCUACCAGUUGCUGCGCGGUGCCAACGAUCAUGAGUUGCGUCAGUAUGAUCUGCUCAAGGAGACGUCCAAGUACCACUACCUUAACCAGGGCAGCAUGGAUAUACUCACCGAGAAGUCCGACUACAAGGGCACGUGCAAUGCAUUCAAGACGCUCGGCUUCCAGGCGGAUGAGGUGCAGACCAUUUGGCGCACAAUUGCAUCCGUUUUGCAUUUGGGCAAUGUGGAGUUCCAGACCAUCGAGGACGAGCUGGUGAUCAGCAACAAGUCGCAUUUGCAGUCGGCUGCGAAGAUGCUGCAGGUGACCGAGGCGGAGCUGUCGACGGCACUGACCAAGCGCACGAUUGCAGCCGGAGGCAAUGUUAUGAAGAAGGAUCACGAUGCCACGCAGGCGGAGUAUGGCAAGGACGCGCUGGCCAAGGCCAUCUAUGAUCGCCUCUUCACGUGGAUCAUCUCGCGCAUCAACCGUGCUAUACUCUUCCGUGGCAGCAAGACCCAGGCGAGAUUCAACUCAGUGAUCGGCGUGCUGGAUAUCUACGGCUUUGAGAUCUUCGAUUCGAAUAGCUUUGAGCAGUUCUGCAUCAACUACUGCAACGAGAAGCUGCAGCAGCUGUUCAUAGAGCUGGUGCUGAAGCAAGAGCAGGAGGAGUACCAGCGCGAGGGCAUCGAGUGGACCAACAUUGAGUACUUCAACAACAAAAUCAUUUGCGAUUUGGUUGAGCAGCCGCACAAGGGCAUCAUAGCUAUCAUGGACGAGGCCUGCUUGAGCGUCGGCAAUGUCACCGAUGACACCCUCCUGGGCGCCAUGGACAAGAAUUUGAGCAAGCAUCCGCAUUACACGAGUCGCCAGCUGAAGCCGAUGGACAAGGAGUUGAAGCAUCGCGAGGACUUCCGCAUCACCCACUAUGCUGGCGAUGUGAUCUACAACAUAAUUGGCUUCAUCGAGAAGAACAAGGAUACGCUGUAUCAGGACUUCAAGCGCCUGCUGCACAACUCCAAGGACGCCAACCUCAGCGAAAUGUGGCCCGAGGGAGCGCAGGAUAUAAAGAAGACCACGAAGCGUCCUCUGACUGCUGGCACUCUCUUCCAGCGCUCGAUGGCGGAUCUGGUAGCCACGCUGCUGAAGAAGGAGCCCUUCUACGUGCGCUGCAUUAAGCCAAACGAUAUUAAGAGCUCCACGGUGUUUGACGAGGAGCGCGUGCAGCACCAGGUGCGCUACUUGGGUCUGCUGGAGAAUGUGCGAGUGCGUCGCGCCGGCUUCGUGCAUCGCCAGCGCUACGACAAGUUCCUGCUGCGCUACAAAAUGAUCUCGCAGUACACGUGGCCGAAUUUCCAUGCAGGCAGCGAGCGCGACGGAGUUCGCGUGCUGAUCGAGGAGAAGGGCUUCGCACAGGACGUGAAGUAUGGGCACACAAAGAUCUUUAUUCGCUCGCCACGCACUCUCUUCGCCCUGGAGCAGCAGCGCAAUGAGAUGAUUCCGCACAUUGUGACCUUGCUGCAGAAGCAGGUGCGAGGCUGGAUAGCCCGCAAGAACUACAAGAAGAUGAAGGCGGCACGCACCAUAAUGCACGCCUACAAGACCUACAAGCUGCGCAGCUACGUCCAGGAGCUGGCCAAUCGCUUCCGCAAUGCGAAGCAUCAGCGUGACUAUGGGCGCAGCAUUCAGUGGCCCCAGCCGCCCCUCGCAGGACGCAAGGCCGAGGCCAAGCUGCGCAGGAUGUUUGACCAAUGGCGUGCCUACAUGAUACUCCGUAGAUACCCGCGCAGCGAGUGGCCGCAGCUGCGACUGCAAAUCGUUGCGGCCACGGCCAUCGCGGGACGACGACCCUACUGGGGACAGCAGCGCAAGUGGCUGGGCGACUAUCUGGCCAACUCGCAGGACAACAGCGGCUACGAGGCCUACGCGGCCAAUGUACGGAACAUGAAGGACAGCGGAGGAGAUAACAUCCGACAGGUGCUCUUCUCCAGCUUCGCCAAGAAGUUCAACAGGCGCAACAAGCAGGCGGAUCGGGCGUUCAUUGUGACGGAUACGAACAUCUACAAAUUGGAGGGCAUCAAGAAGAAGUUCAGGGACAUGCAGCGGUCCAUGCCCAUCAGAGAGUUGACCUCUAUUAGCAUAACGCCUGGUCGGGAUCAGCUAAUCGUCUUCCACUCGCCGAAGAACAACGAUUUGGUCUUCGCCCUGCAAAGCGAAAUGGGCACGCCCCUCAAGGAGGAUCGCGUAGGUGAACUAGUGGGCGUUGUGUGCAAGAAGUACCAUGACAUCACCGGCACGGAGCUGCGCGUGAAUGUGGGCAGCAACAUUGCCUGCCGGCUGGGCGAGAAGGCGCGCACAAUUGUUGUCGAGGCGGCGUCCAAUGUGGAGGUGCCCAAUUUCCGACAUUCCGCUGGCAAUAUCAUCUUCGAGGUGCCCGCCUCGUAUUCCUACUAGUGAGCGGCUCUGAGCACCGUCGAUGUAAAUUUAUUCGUAAGCGUUAGCUUAAGAGUCUGUUACCUUUGAAAAACUCUACACACCUGUGCAUGCUGUGCCUUCUGCUAAGCAAUACGUAGCUCUAGAGCUCUAUUCUCUAUGUGUUGCAUGUUUGUGAGCUAUGUGAGAAUUACCGAGAAGGGCGCUGGUACUAGGUCAGGUCCAUAAAUAUAGAGAGUGCAAACUUGUGGAGCUGGUUGAGCCGGCUUCAAAUGAAAAGUAUUAAAUGUACUUUGUGCAUUUGUUAACUUUAGCUUUUAACCAAUUCUUAAACGAUAUAAAUGAUUGUAGUUCAAGAAAAAAAAAAAAAAAAACUUUAAUGGAUUUUCUAAAUUUAUUUAGUCAAAGAGCACACAAAACGAGAAACCACAAUUAACAUUUUUUGUACUUAACAAAACAAAUCUAAUUUUGUAUGUGUGCCAUUUACACUUAUUUCUUAAACCUAAUCAUAACUCUAUUAUUAUUGUAACCUAUUUAUACAUACAUAUAUAACAAGGAUAUAUGUACAUAUAUGCGAGUAUGUAUUAUAAAUAAAAGUUAUACAAAAUAAAUAAAUCUUCACAAUUUUAAUCUUAAGUUAUACGAAAUAAAUAUUGAUUAGAUUGUAAAUUUCAUAUUUGAUAUAUGAGUAAGUUUCUUUAUUUUUCUGAUCCUUGAGUCUUUGCAUUUUCAAUACAUAUUCAUACUCAGCUUCGAGUAGGCUACGAUUCGGACAACAACAGAUAUAUUUAAGAGUAAAGCAAAUGGAACAGUAAGGCCUGUGGCACAGCAGUGAACACUUCUAAAAUACUUUUUACUCCUUGAAUUUUGAAUUUUCAAUUUUAGAUUUUUUACUUUUUUCAAUUUUGUUUCCGAUUCCUUGUGACUUGUUUGGCGAACGAAUAGAAUGGCAGAGGAAUCGAAACCCCUUGGCGAUUGGCAUGAGAUGGUAGACGCUCUGCCGCAAGUCUCUAGAAUUGCAGUGGCACCACGCACUGCCCUGAUGCGCUUUCAGCAACGCAGGCCCGGACACGGACAUGGACAUGGUCAUGGCCAUCGAGUCGGACGCGGGCACAAACACUUCCAGAAGAAAGUCGCCUCGCUGGUGGCUACAAUGCGUCACCACCGUAAGCGUCGCCAGUGCUGCAAGCGCUGCCAUAACAUGGUGAUGAAGAAAAAAUACACCAAGCGCCUGAUAAAGAUGAUGAAGAUGCGUGCCGCACGCAAUCGUCGCUUGCUGUCGUCCACCAUUAGCCCACAAACAAUUUCAUAGAGGCAAAACUUACCCCCCACCCCCUAGUGUCCACCGCAAUGUGUCUAUAUUAGUCUUCAAUUUAAAUUUUAUGCAACCAAGUCUGAUCAUUAUUAAAACUGAGUUUCUCUUGGCAGUCUUAA